AUGGAAUUUUUGUCGCGUGCUAUACUGACUCGGUCAGAGUCGACUCAAAUCCUCUGUGAAAUGAGCCAAAUUGAUGAAAGUACGCUUGACAUUCAACAAACUGAAGACGGCGUCUUGGGUCGGUUAUUUGUUUUCUCAUCCACAUCUCCUCAAACAGCUAUCAGUAUUAAAAAGUACGAAGACGUGACUGUAGGACGUGGAAACGCCAAUACAUAUCAACUGAUUCAAUCCACAGCAAGUUAUAGACAUUUUAGAGUUUAUUCUGUCCUUGUAGACGAUGACAUGGAUCCGUUAGUAUACUGCCAAGAUCUAAGCUCAAAUGGCACGUUUUUGAACCACUGUCUCAUCGGUAAAGGAAAUGUAGUACUGUUGUCUGACGGUGAUAUUUUAGACGUCCGUCAUUGCGCUUCUUUCUUAUAUCAACAGAAAAAUAUAACAGAUGAUGAUUAUCAUCAUGAGUAUGAUGGUGAAGAAUUCAGUAUUACCCAUCGCUUACUCGGUACGGGUGGUUUUUCGCGUAUCUAUAUGGCAAUUGAAAAUAAAACUGGGAGACAAUACGCUUGCAAAAUUAUUGAGAAGAGAAAGGUCUCUUCUAGUCGCUUUUAUGACGAUCAUGAAGUGUCUAUUCUAAAAAAGCUAAAUCAUCCCAACAUCGUUCAUGUGGCUAUGGACUACAAUUCUGAAAGCCAAUUUUUUAUUUUCGAGGAACUGGUUACAGGCGGCGAUUUGUUUAGCUACCUAACCAAGAUGGGAACAGUCCCUGAAGUGACAUGUUUGUUUAUUAUGUAUCAAUUGCUACAAGCAUUAGGUUAUCUGCAUUCUCAAAACAUUGCGCAUCGUGACUUAAAGUUGGAAAAUAUUUUAAUUGUCUCUUCAAGCGACAGUGUGUUUCGGAUUAUUUUGACUGACUUUGGUGUUGCUAGAUGUAUGGAAAAUGGAAAACGAAUGUCGACGUUUGUUGGCACCAUGGAGUAUACGGCUCCAGAAGUAAGAGAUUUGAAAGGUCGCAGUAGGCGUUGCAAAGAAUUGAAUAUGGGAUAUGGCAAAGAGGUUGACAUAUGGAGCUUAGGAAUCAUCAUGUAUCUACUUCUUUCAGGGAACUCUCCUGUGUUUUCCACAGAUGGAAACAUAGUAUUUGAAGACGCGAUCUGGAAAACCAUCUCGAGGCAAGCUAAAGAUUUGAUAUCUUCUUUUCUACAAAAAAUACCAACGGAGCGCCCAACAGUCGAGGAAGCAUUGCAACACCCUUGGUUUUUUCGACAUAAAUCUCGGUUGGAUAAGUUGUAUAGAACUCGAAUUCUUAAACGGCCUUCAUUAUGA